AAAAACAAAUAUCACACGAAACAGCAGAUGGAAAAAAUUCAGAAUGGUAUAGCACCACCUUACCUUAUUAUGAAGAGGAUUUUCAAUGUAGAAGAAGGGCGAGAUACUCUAUCCUUGGAAAUUUGUGCAAGAGGAUAUCCGAAACCAAAAUAUAAUAUAACAUACGUAACGAAUCACCGGGAAACCUAUCUACAAGACUUUGAUUCUUAUGGAAUGAUCAGCUUGAGAAUUCCAAUAAUUGAGCUAAAUGUUCCAACAACUCUUUCCUUUUUUGUGUGCAAUACAAAUGGCUGCAUUAAUGAUACCAUUCACUCUAUUCAUGUAACUGGAAACCGUAUUGUACUAGAAGAAACUCCGAAUCAAGCUAUAUUGUACCUAUGCUGUUAUGAUGAACUCAACCCGAACUGGAAUGUAACAUGGUUCGUUAAUACCACAAGAAGAACGACAAUUACAGAGGUGUUUCGAAUUCAAUCGGGAGUGGUUGUUUCCUAUCCAAUACCUGAAAUCACGUAUCUAGAUGAAGGCUUUUACGAAUGCCGAAAGCUACAGAAUUCAAAAUGGAUGAGUAUCGGUGUUUUUCACUUGAAAAUAUGGAAUGACUCUACACCGGCCAUACUUUCUGCUGAACAUGGCUCAAGUUUUACCAACCAGACAACCACCAAUGAAUCCUCUCAACCUGCAUUUGGAAAAAAUGACAUGAUAAUGAAGAUAUUGGUCACCGCGCUAGGAGUGAUAUUAAUAAUUACAGUAAUAUGUGGCAUACUUUUUUUCUGCAAAUACAAAAAAGAAAUGAGACAAGUCGCAGAAAUGACACAAUUGGUGAAAAGGAUUGUAGUAAAGAAACAAAUCAUCAUCGAUGAAGAUUUUCCCGAUGUUUUGAAUAUGCCUGUCGUUUCGAUCGUACCUUUGAAAGCUGGUAUAGUGAAAAACGGCAUGGUUUCGGUAGGUGAAUAUGAAAUGUCAUUAGAUGAACAUUGGGAAUAUCCUCGACAAAAUUUACGCUUGGGGGACACUUUGGGUGAAGGCGAAUUUGGGAAAGUAGUGCAAGCCGAGGCGAAUGAUAUUUGGAAACGUGGAAAUGACCUUGUAACAGUGGCAGUGAAAAUGCUCAAGGAUGAUCACAUGGACUCAGACAUGAUAGACUUGGUAUCUGAAAUGGAAUUGAUGAAAUUACUCGGAAGUCACCAAAACAUCCUUCGACUUCUCGGCUGCUGCAGCCAAGGAGGACCAUUGCUUGUAAUUACAGAAUAUGCUCGAAAUGGAAACCUCAAGAAUUUUCUUCGAAAACAUCAUCACCAAUCCACGAAAAUAGAAGAAAGUACUCUCUUGACAUAUGCUCGUCAAAUUGCGCAAGGAAUGGUUUAUCUGUCUUCAAUAAAAUGUAUUCAUCGAGAUUUGGCGGCUCGCAAUAUCCUUGUAACAGCUGAGUACACGAUGAAAAUAGCCGAUUUUGGCCUCGCCAGAGAUGUGAGACAAACCGAAUACUACAAGAAGACAUCAAAGGGUCGACUACCCAUAAAAUGGAUGGCACCAGAAGCUUUAUUUCGUAACCGAUAUACAACGCAAUCUGACGUCUGGUCUUUCGGCAUAUUGCUUUGGGAGAUUAUAACUCUGGGUGAUGAUCCGUAUCCUUCAAUCGAGGAUCUUGCUGGGCUACGUAACGCUUUAAAGCAAAAUUAUCGAAUGGAAAAGCCCGCAAAUGCAUCUGCAAACGUAUACAACUUGAUGAUGGAUUGCUGGAGUUUCGAGCCUGAGAAUCGUCCAAUUUUCUUGUCAAUAGUAGAACGUCUAAAAGAAUUAUUGAGUGAUACUAGGCCUAAGGUAGUUGAUGGGUCUCACCAUUCAGAAGAUUCAGAUGAAUCCGACUCACAAAGCGUCAUUUCCACAACGGGAUCCAGUGAAGACGAAAAUGAAAUUAGAAAACCUUUUUUGGAAUGAUCAAUUUGAUAUACCUAGAUAGUAUUUUGUCAGUAUUGUUUCUAUUCUCUAGGUAUAUAAAAAAUUAUUUGUUUGACCGCAAGGUGGCGCCAUACAAUAGGUAUAUCUAUUUAGUAUAAUACAUUUAUGUAGGUAAUUUCAUUUAUUCUUGGCAAAUUUUCAGUGAAUAUGAAACGUUGGUACGUUUUUUGAUAUGUACCUACUGUACCUACUUAGGAAUAUUAUCAUUCAAUUUUA